CAGUCAACAAAAUUCUGAGGUUCGAAACAAGAUUACCAUUUUGAGUUCAAUGAAGAAGACGAAGUUUUCUCCGUUCCGGUCCCCCGAAAGACCCGAAAUCUCUGUUUGAAAAAAAACCCGAUUUCCGACCCGUUUAGAAGUUAACCCAAAAGAAAAGAUAGAAAGUAAGAAAGAAUGGAGCUUUCGAUUCUCUCUGUAUCUUCAAACACUUCGACCAUGUCGUUUGGUGCUAGAAUCGGGAUCUGUUCUACUUCAAGCUCGAGGUUUUCGUAUUUUCCGAUGAGGAAACGUGCCGGCGGGAGAGUUUUAGUGCCGGCUAGCGUUAGGGCGUCGGCGGAGCCGAGGAGUGAGAGAUUGGAUGAGGGGCAGACACGUAGCCGGUUCACUGCCCCGGCUAUGGAGGUGACCACACUUGAUACUAGUUUCAGAGAAACAGAGUUCCCUGUUUGGGAAAAGAUUGGUGCUGUUGUCAGACUCAGCUAUGGAGUUGGGAUUUAUGGUGCAAUGGCACUAGCUGGAAGGUUUAUAUGUUCAAUAUCUGGGACUGAUUGGAUGGGAGGUUUCCAUCCAUCUUUGGAUGCUAUUCUGGGAGGGCUUGGCUAUGCUGUUCCUCCAAUUAUGGCUCUUCUCUUCAUUCUUGAUGAUGAAGUUGUGAAGUUAUCGCCCCAUGCUCGAGCGAUCAGAGAUGUCGAAGACGAGGAGCUCCGAAGCUUCUUUUACGGAAUGUCUCCGUGGCAGUUCAUUCUUAUCGUGGCUGCUAGCUCAGUGGGGGAGGAGCUCUUUUACCGGGCAGCCGUUCAGGGAGCAUUGGCUGAUAUAUUCUUAAGGAGUCCUGAUAUUGGAGCUGACGUUCAAGGAAUGGCAUCUUUGACCGGGGUGCUACCUCCAUUCGUACCAUUUGCACAAGGAUUUGCAGCUUUUAUCACAGCUGCGCUUACCGGUUCACUCUAUUACGUUGCUGCAUCACCGAAAGAUCCUACUUAUGUAGUUGCUCCAGUUUUGCAAUCUCGAUCUGGUCGCAAAGAUCUUAGAAAGCUUUUUGCAGCGUGGUACGAGAGACGACAAAUGAAGAAGAUCUACUCUCCCCUCCUCGAAGGACUCCUUGCUCUCUACCUCGGUUUCGAAUGGAUCCAGACCGAUAACAUUCUUGCUCCAAUCAUCACACACGGUAUAUAUUCCGCCGUGAUCCUAGGCCACGGACUUUGGAAGAUCCACGACCACCGGAGAAGGCUACGGCAGAGAAUUCAGCAGGUUAAGAUGGAAGGUAAAAGCUCAGAUAGUUUGUGAAAGGGAAGGAACAAAAAGUACUUUACAUAGAGAGCAAGAAGAAGUUGUAAAUUAUAUUUUUUUGGCAGAGCCAAAAUUUUCCAUCUUGAUGAUAAAAUGUCCAUACAAGAAUGGAAUAAGUAUAUAUUAUAUAGAUCAAGAAACUUAUACGUGUGCAUAUGAAGAAAAAUUGUAGUGAUACUUUUAGAUACUGAGAACAUUUUUGGAUAUUUAGUUUUUUGAAUC